UAUGACAUCACUUUCCACAUCACCAAACUUAGGCCCUGGCAAGUCACAAGUGGGAGAGAAAUGUCUAUACCAAGAUUCCUAAAAGUAACAUAUGGACCAUACGAUAAUUAUAUUCCAGUCAGUGAAUUAAGCAAAAAAUCAUGGAAUCAGCAAUACUUUUCCCUGGCAUUUCCCAAACCACCAAGGCCAGGAAAGAAACGGAGAUCACUACCUUCCCAAUUAAGCAACAAUACAGCUCCUGUAAUCGAUGAACAAAAGUUAGCAAUUCACAGACCACCAUUGUGGAUGCACCGUUCGCUGAUGAGAAUUCCCGAGAGACCGUCCGUUUAUUUAGCUGCAAAAGGCCUUCCACUGAAACGACCUCAUUCUGGCAAGAAAGAGUCUAAAGAAGCAGCCCCACCUUCGGAAAAACCAAAGAAAGAAGAGAAAGUGAAAAAAGGUGAAUCUGAAUCAAAGGAGAAGACUGUGUUGAAGAUAGUCAAGGAAGAAAGUCCCAAACCAGUGGCCACGAAAAGUUCUAAGGAUUCCCAGAAAUCAGUUUCAGACUCCGAAGGGGAAAAGGCUGCUGGGAAGAAAGAAGCCAGAAAAGAUAAAAAGGAACCGAAGGAUAAAAGCUCAGCUUCAGAUACUGAAGGUGAAAAGGCUGCUGGGAAGAAAGAAGCCAAAAAAGAUAAAAAGGCAUCCAAGGAGAAAGGUAUAGCCUCAGAAUCCGAAGGUGAAAAGGCUGCUGGGAAGAAAGAAGCCAAAAAAGAUAAAAAGGCACCGAAGGAUAAAAGCUCAGCUUCAGAAUCCGAAGGUGAAAAGGCUGCUGGGAAGAAAGAAGCCAAAAAAGAUAAAAAGGCACCGAAGGAUAAAAGCUCAGCUUCAGAAUCCGAAGGUGAAAAGGCUGCUGGGAAGAAAGAAGCCAAAAAAGGAAAAAAGGGACCAAAGGAUAAAGGUAUAGCUUCAGAAUCCGAAGGUGAAAAGGCUGGUGGGAAAAAAGAGGCCAAAAAAGGUAAAAAGGAAGCGAAGGAUUCAAAAGGUACACCUGCACAUUCAGAACCUGACAAGGCUGCUGAAAAGAAAGUAAGCAAAGUUGUUACAAAGUCUUCAAAGAAUAAAGAUGCUGCAGAUUCUGACACUGAUAAAGGAGUUUCAAAGAAAGAGAGCAAGAAAGACUUGGCCAAGAAGAAGGAAGGUAAAAAGGAGAAGAAGGCAGAGGGAGACUCAAAGGAGGAUGCUAAGAAAGACAAGAAGAAAGACAAGAAAGACAAGAAAGGCAAGAAAGACUCUGCAGGUGAUUCCUCUGAAUCAAAGAAGGAUGAAAAGAAGGCAAAGAAAGAGAAGAAGGCAAAGUAGGUCUUGGAUCAGAACUCAAACUGAAGAAAGAACUCCAAAGUAUAUUCAGUGAACCCACUUCAGUAGUCUUAAAAUGAGCUCAUGAGAUAAGUAGUGUGCAGCAAAUUAAUCAAAUAAUUUUUAAAGAGAAGAAAAACACAAGGUGAAAUGAAAAUAUAGUCAUGGCAUUAAAAAUAAAAUAUUAAAAAAUACAUAAGAUUCAUUGAACGAAGUGGAAGGUGCCUCUUCUAAAAUUGUAGCUAUGGAGUUUUAGAAGUAAAAUCACUAGAGAGAACAAAGAAUAUGCAAAUAAGAAUAAUGCAGAAAAUAAUGAUAGGGAAACAUACAAAAAUACCAAUGUUCAGCAAGGACUCUGAAAAUAAAAAAAAAAAAAAAGGAAACUCCAAGAAGGCUUGAUACUUCUCUAGAUUUGACGAUAUGAAGCUGAGCUUGUACACUUAAAGGAGCCCAAUGGCCAACAGAAUCAAAGCAAUGUUAGAAAAUAGAGUUUGAAUUGAAUAAAUAUCCAAGGCCAUCUGAGUUUAAAGUGACCACAAGAUUGAGACACAUAAUCCCUGAUGAACAUUCUUGGCAUCUUCAAACCAAAAGGACCACAAACGAAACUUGAUAUCCCCACCAGAGACUAUUGCUUCCCAAAUCUUGAUGCUACAAUCCUAAGCUAGGGCCUCUUCUGAAGCUGAAUGUGAAAAGGAAAGAAGAUGCUAAAAUGAAAGACAUAUCACCAGCUCUGCAAACAAGAAGCAAAAACAACAAUCAAAAUUUAAAAAGGUCAUUUUAGAAGUACAACAGAACCCUGGCAAUACAGACACUGUAGAGUUCAGUUCAAAAUCUAUGGACUACCAUGAAGAUGUGUUCAAUAUCGCCACUGUGGAGGACUGUAACAUCCCAUUCUCUUGAUUAUCUUCAUGUACAUGAAGUUGCCAGGCAGCUCUAAUUUUGAAAUGAAUGAAUUUUAACAUCAGAUGAGGAUAUCCAUUAAAAACAUCUCUCUAUGGAUAA